AUUGACUUCCUUAUUGACAAAAAAAGAAGGCGAAACUUGACAGUUGUGACGGCAGUUCAGCAUAUCAGUCAGUCGACGCUCCAGAAAGUGCGCUUCUCUCCGAAUGACCGUAAUGGGAGCUUCUCAGUCAACACGCAUUGAAGACGAAUUCCAGGAUUUAGCCGAUCAAACUGGAUUCUCUCUGGAGCAGAUUGUCAACCUUCACAAGAGAUUUAAACAACUGAGUGAGAACGAAGAAACGAUCAGGAGGGAGAAUUUGGAGAGAAUCCCUGCCCUGGAAGACAACCCAAUCCGGGCUCAGAUUAUCGAAGCCUUCUUCGAUAAGAGGAACCUGCGCCAGGACGCUGUCGGCUCCCUCCAGGAGAUCGGCUUUGCAGAAUUCCUCAUGGUGAUGUCACACUUCCGUCCGCCGCCGCCCAAGGUCAUGACCCCUGAGGAGAGGGAGUGCCUGAGGAGGCAGAAGCUACGCUUCCUGUUCAACAUGCACGACACGGACAACGAUGGCACCAUCACUCUGGAGGAGUACAGGAAGGUGGUGGAAGACAUGCUGUCUAAGAGUGGAGAUAUGGGGCUCCAAACCGCCAAGGCCAUCACAGACGCGGCCAUGUUGGAAGUGUCGAAAAUCAACGAGAGUCACAUGGGUCCCGAUGAAGUCUAUGACAGGAUCACCUUCGAGCAUUUCCUAGAGAUUCUGAAAAGUCUUGAAAUCGAAUCAAAGAUGCACAUCCGCUUUUUAAACAUGGACACUACAACUAUUCGUUGUGGGAAAUGAGAUUCUCUUUGUUAAAAAGAUACUUAUUUUCUGUAUUUACCUGCUGUUUUUAGAAGAAAAAAAACUCUUCAUUGAGAUGCCAAAUACUUUAACAUACGUUACUGUUAUAUACGUUCAUGUAACUAUACAAUCUGGUUCAGAUAUUAAUUAGUAUUGUACUAAUGCACAAUAUGAAAAUACUGUUAAUAACUCUAUAAAAUAACUCUAGGUUUUGGCACCAUUAUAGCAACAACCCCAUCCUAUCUUUUGCAGUUACACAACCUUAUAUCUGAAAAAAACCACUUUGCAUAAAUAAAUCUAAUUGAAGAUUUAACUUGAAAUACAUUUCAAAGCAUUUGCACUAAUUUAUAAGUGAAUAAAUAACUGUGUGACUAACAUUGA